AUGGGGUUCACCUCGAGGGAUAGGACCCCUGGGAGGGAAAUCCAAGAUCCAGACGAUGUUGCCUAUGUGAUCCCCGAGGUCCCUGAGGACUACAAAGGCUACCCAUGGCAAGGCAUGAGGAACGUUCGCUUUCAAUUGCGCGGUGCUGGACCAUCCGACAACCCAGUUUUAGGCGGCCCCAUUAUUGCUGAGCACGAAUAUCACUCCAACAAUACAUGUACCGGAAACAAGUUCACCAUCACCUAUUACGGCAUGAACAGAACCCCGGAUCAAGCCGGCAAGAAGUACGAAGUCUACAUACAGCAGUACUGGUACGAACAACUCAAGUGCUGCUUCGUCAUGUCCGUCAAAGGGCGCUGGCCACUAGACCGAUGGGGUCGCAUUAAGAACUUAUUUAGAUCUGCACAAGAAGAGAAGGAUGAAGGAAGGUGGUCUGAGAGCACAUGGAUAAAAAUGAAGUUUGAGUGCCGAGAACGGAAUAAAGAAUUUAGUCUCGAAUGCAGUGAAGUGGGCCGGACCGCCAGCAUCACAGUACCAAGAUUCAAAAGCCAAGGCGAUAUUGCCGAGGACACAUGGAAGGAUGUGUUCAAUAUAGGCCGGACAAUGGGGCUUGAGAUCUCUCAUGUGGCGUAUUUGGCUUGGAUCGCGACGAUGUGGACGAGCAGCUUGGGUUGGGUUGAACAUGCUAAUGAUGCCGAGUACCACAAAGUUCCCAUGUGGAGGUUUUAG